GUAUUCUCUCUGUAAUAGUUUCUAGAGAGAGAAAAAAGAAAAACACAUCAAGGAAGAAGAAGGAGAGAAGAAGAAGAAGAAGAUACAACAACAACAAAUACAAAAUACUCUCUCCCUUCUUUCCUUGAAGUGCGAUUUUACUAUUUCUCCCUUUCAAUUUGACUUUACAAAAAGGAGAAUCUUAGACGAACUUGGGAUAAAACCCAUUUCCAAAUCCAUCUUAGAUUUCCUUUAAUCUUAAACCACCGAAAACCGUCUUCAUCGGAACAUUCAUUUCGAUUUCCGGGUUGGGUUUUUCUUCUUCUUCCUUUUACAAUUGCUUUUGAAUCUGAUUUCUUCAUAAAAAAACAAAAAUACCCAUCUGGGUUCUUCUUCUUCUUCAUCGUCUGCCGUCGAUAACCAUGACGGUUAAAUCUGAUAAACUUGAUUUCUGGAGGGUUUACUUUCGUAGUUCAAAUUCCGAUUUGUUUGAUAUAAUCGAUAACGCUAUUACUAUAGCGAUUAUAGAUUGUCCAACGGAAUUAAAAUUAAGAAGAGAUCGAAUAGCAGAGAAGUUGUUUUCAUGUCAUAUGUCUCGUUAUUUGGAUCGCGAUUGCGUUGAAUAUUCAAAUCCGAAGGAGGGGGAUGUGGAUGAUGAAGAUGAACCCGGAAUUCAGAAAGGGUUUGAUACUAAAAUAGAAUCCGGUGGAAGUAAGGAAAGCAAGGUCAAUAGUAGCGGUGAUUAUCAUGGAGAAUUUCAAUUGAAUCAAACGAGCAAUUACAGUUAUGGAGAUGCUGAAGCACUUACUGAUGAGAUUGAAGAAGAGAAUCUGAUUUUUCAAGAGGUUUUAAGGAUCAAAAAGAUUAUUGACAACAAUCAAGAUGAGUCGGAUACAAUACUGUUUGAUUCACUAAGGAAACUUCAAUUGAUGGAUUUAUCUGUUGAGACUCUUAAGGCUACAAAGAUCGGUAAAUCUGUCAAUUCUCUUAGGAAACAUAGAAGUAAGCAGAUUCGAAAUCUUUCUAAAACAUUAAUCGAGGUGUGGAAGGAAAUGGUGGAUGAGUGGGUCAAAGUUACUACGGAUCUUGUUGCAGAAGCUACUCCAGAGUCUGGCAAUCCUUCUGUUGUUAAUGAAGUGGAGGAGGAGGAAGAAGAAGGACUUCCUUCUCCUCCAUUGGAUGAUCUUGCGUUUAUCGAUACUCAUACUACCACGAUGGAACUUUCCAAAUUCUUUGAUGGCAUGGAUGAAGAUGGAAAUCCUCAAAACAGCAGGGAAUUGAACAAGAACCGUGACAAUACAAGGAAUCAGCGUAAGGAGACACGAAUUGUGCCCAAUCAGCGUAAGGAACAAGUGAAGAAAGAAGAAACAGUGGUAAUGAAACAACAGAAACCAAUCAUCCCAAGUAAGGAAUUCGAGCAAAGGAGAAUGACUAAACCAAAUGUGCAGCCGAAACCACAAUCUGAAGUGAAAGUCCAGCCGAGAAUGCAGAUGAAGCCACAACCACCUUCUUCUGCUCAACUUGAUAAAUCUAAGACGAAUCUGGAUGAAAAUGCAAAACUUGAAAUUGCAAAGAGGAAGCUACAUGAUAGUUACCAACAAGUUCAAAAUGCCAAGAGACAAAGAACAAUCCAAGUUAUGGAAAUUCAGGAUUGUCCUAAACAGGGAUUAGGACACAGAAAUCCUCAUAUGAAGCCAGGAAAUAACAAUAACAGGAAUUGGAAGAACGGCGUUCGUAGAUAGCUUUCGGUUUAGCAGCUGCUGAUUGAUUCGAAAGAACACGAGUUAACUUGAAUGCGGAUUUGGUUAAAACAAACUCUAUUUGCUCAUCAUAAUCAUUCUUAACUUGGAUGAUCAUUCUCUCCAGCUGCUGCUGCUGCUGACAUUUAUUUUUAUUUUUUUUUCUCAUAAGGCCUCUGACCUGACAGAUUUAGAUUUGCACAUAAAGAAAGUGCAGUUAUUUUGAUUAAACUCAUAUAUCAUGUGAAUGAUUUAGAGAUAUAUUUACUUACAUUCUUAUUGAUAAUAAUAAUAAGGAGAAGAAGAACAAACUUGUACCAUGAGAUUAACUGUUUUUGGUCCAUUCAAUGGGGACUAAUAAUAAAAUAUUAGCUAUUGGCUUUCAA